AUGGCUACCGCGACAAUCAUUAGUACACUUCACCCGCCUGACAGAACAUCUUUGAAGCCUGAGACGUUCGUUCACGCACAUGCUAUCGAGGACGACUACCAAAAAUGGCGCCCGCGCUUUCACGUUAUGCCCAUCAAAGGCUGGAUGAAUGAUCCGUGCGCUCCCGGCUACGACAAACAACGUGGGCUGUAUGUUUUGAGCUUCCAAUGGAAUCCCAAGGCAUCUGUCUGGGGCAACAUGUCAUGGGGUUCUGCCACCUCGAAAGAUCUCGUUACUUGGACCAUCUCCGACACGCCCUCAAUGAUUCCAGACGCGCAAGACCCAUGUGGAGUAUUCACCGGAUCAUUAAUCCCGAACUCAACAGACGUCUUCUACACUUCAGCACAUCAACUACCCAUCAGCUACCAUCUGCCAUAUACAAAUGGCAUGGAAAAGCUUCACCACGCAAGCUUGAGUGACUCCGGCAAGACCUGGCGCAAAAAUGGAACUGUCCUAGCCGGACCGCCUGAAGGUCUGGAUGUAACAGGCUGGAGAGAUCCUUUCGUCGGUCCUUGGGCAGAGAUGGACUGCGCACGCGGUGUGCAGGCAGGUUCGAGCUGGUAUGGCAUGCUCUCAGGAGGCAUUCGCCACACAACACCCACUGUCUUCCUGUAUAGCGUUCAGCCCGACGACCCUACUGAUUGGACAUACCUUUCUUGUUUGACCGACGUGGGCUUACAUUUCGAGCCUUCACGUUGGACAGGAGACUAUGGCGUUCACUGGGAAGUCGCCAGUGUAGUUACCUUGAAAGACCAGCACCAAACAUCGCGCGACAUCAUCAUCUUGGGUGCUCAAGGUCUUGUCGAGGACGAUAUCGCAGACGAAGUGCCACUCAGCACGAACAACACAUCAAUGUGGAUGACCGGCAAAGUUCAGCCAAACGCGACGAUGAGAUGGCAGCAUGGUGGCGCCCUGGAUCACGGCUGUUGUUAUGCUGCCAAUGGGUUCCACGAUCCUGUGACCAAGCAGUUUACCCUCUAUGGCUGGAUCUUUGAAGAAGACUUGCCGCAAACUCUGGUUGACGAGCAAGAAUGGAGCGGCUGUCUGUCGAUACCCCGUGUACUAUCUCUUCGCUCGUACCAAAAUGUCACUGCGCUUCGUUCGAAAAUUGACGACAUCACAUGCUUCGAGAGGACACCAUCAAAGGAUCUCACUGGCUUUGAUGUCAGCGUGCUGACCAUUACACCUGAUGCUCGUCUCAAACAAUUACGCCGAGGGCGACUACCGAUGAAGUUCACCAAACCACAUGCGCAGCUAGAGUGCAGACUCACAUUCAACGUCAACGACUCAGCUGUCGGCUUCGAGCUCCAGCACUCCGCCACGGAAAAAACGACUGUAAUCUUCGACCCUCGAACUGAAACGAUGACCGUCGACAGGUUCAUGUCAAGCUACAGAUCAGGUAUCGUCAAGACGUCCAAGAAAGCGCCUCACACUCUCUUCCGUUACUCAGAUGGCAGAAUCGAGCACUUGGAGUUCGUUGUCUAUUACGAUACGAGCGUGGUGGAGAUCUUCGCCAACGAUCGCACUGUAUUGACGACCCGCGUCUAUCCGGAGUCUGGAGCAUCUCACAAUCGUGCCCUGAUUCCCACCGUGCCAAACUCAUCGCCAGUGUUCAAGCACGAGCUGUGUGACUCGACGCCGCUGGAAAAGCCGCCUGUCACUCCGAUCCGCGAACUUUAG